AUGAAGUCAAUUCUCAUUACCAUUCUCCUGCUGCUGCCAUUUGCAUUUGCCAACGAUCCUAGAAAAUGUUCCCAGGUGACUCCGACCCGUGACGGUCUCAAAGAAGCUGCGUUGUGGACAGUUAGCAGCCAAAAAACCAUUCAGUAUACUCAGAAUAGCCCAAAUCGCUGGUCCGGAAUUAACAACAAUGUGUGUCCCUUUGUGAAUGUACCACCUUACGCGGAUUGCAGCUCCUUUGUUAGUUGGCUGUACUGGAGUGCUUUUGGAUUUUAUCCGGACUAUCUCAAUGGAGAAAAUUGGAGCGCUGGCUAUACUGGAACAAUGGGAAACCAUGGAGUGUCGGUUUCGCUCGCUAAUGCUCAACCAGGAGACGUUGUUUUAUACGGCGCGCCUCCAUAUGAGCACGCUGUGCUGUACGUUGGGGAUGGCCACGCUGUUAGUUAUGGGGAAGAUGGUCCGGCAAAACUUAUCCCCGUUAACUAUCGUAAUGACUUUGUCGUGAGAACUUAUCCGGAUUUCUUCGCAAUCGGUACAUCAUGCAGUGGGGUAGCAGGCACUUGCAUUGAUGCCGACGUAACGACAUGUCCUAAAGAUUUGAUACAUAAUAAGUGUGGAGGCCCUGAUAAUGUUUUAU